AAUGCCUUCGCCGCCGGGGCCGGGCAGCCGCGGCUGAGCGCGGCGGGAGCCCCGGGCAGCGGACGCGCUUGCCGGCCACCGCCGCUCCCGGCGGAGGGGCUGGCGGGGGAACGGGCGCUCGCACGCCGCGAGCAUGUGGAUACCCACGGAGCACGAGAAGUACGGCGUGGUAAUUGCUGGUUUUCGAGGGACAGUCCCACAUGGCCUAUCACUGGAGAUUGGAGACACUGUUCAAAUAUUAGAGAAAUGUGAUGGAUGGUACAGAGGAUUUGCCUUAAAAAACCCCAAUGUUAAGGGCAUAUUUCCAUCUAACUACAUUCACUUGAAGAAUGCAUGUGUUAAGAACAAAGGACAAUUUGAAAUGGUUAUUCCAACAGAAGAUUCUGUUAUUACAGAAAUGACAUCAACUCUAAGAGACUGGGGAACUAUGUGGAAACAACUCUAUGUGAGGAAUGAGGGGGAUCUCUUUCACCGGCUGUGGCACAUAAUGAAUGAAAUCCUAGACCUGCGAAGGCAGGUCCUUGUUGGCCACCUCACCCAUGAUCGAAUGAAGGAUGUCAAGCGACACAUCACUGCUCGUCUGGACUGGGGCAACGAACAGCUGGGGCUUGACUUAGUUCCAAGAAAAGAGUAUGCUAUGGUGGAUCCUGAAGACAUCAGCAUUACAGAGCUCUACAGGCUGAUGGAACAUCGCCAUCGAAAAAAAGACACACCAGUACCAGCUAGCAGCCACCAUCUUUUUGUUCAGAUGAAGAGUUUAAUGUGCUCCAAUCUGGGAGAGGAACUGGAAGUAAUCUUUUCACUCUUUGAUAGUAAAGAAAAUCGACCCAUCAGUGAAAGAUUUUUUUUAAGACUGAAUAGAAAUGGUUUGCCAAAAUGUCCAGAAAAGCCUGAAAGACACUGUUCUCUCUUUGUGGACUUGGGUAGCAGUGAACUCAGGAAGGACAUCUAUAUCACUGUGCACAUUAUCCGAAUAGGACGAAUGGGAGCUGGAGAAAAGAAAAAUGCCUGCAAUGUACAAUAUAGACGUCCCUUUGGCUGUGCAGUCCUCAGUAUUGCAGAUUUGCUGGCAGGAGAUUCAAAGGAUGACCUUGUCUUAAAAGUCUACAUGUGCAACACAGAGAGUGACUGGUAUCAGAUCCAUGAAAAUAUCAUUAAAAAGCUGAAUGCACGUUACAACUUGACAGGCUCCAAUGCAGGUCUGGCAGUUUCUCUUCAGUUGCUUCAUGGAGACAUAGAACAAAUUAGGAGGGAGUAUACAUCCAGAUUUACCCAUGGAGUAUCUAUAACAAGGAAAUUAGGUUUUUCCAAUAUUAUAAUGCCGGGUGAAAUGAGGAAUGAUUUAUAUAUCACUGUAGAAAGAGGAGAAUUUGAAAAAGGAGGGAAAAGUGUGGCCAGAAAUGUGGAAGUGACAAUGCAUGUGGUGGACAGCAGUGGUCAAAUCUUAAAGGAUUUUAUCUCAUUUGGCUCUGGAGAGCCACCAGCCAGCGAAUACCAUUCUUUUGUGCUUUAUCAUAACAAUUGCCCCAGGUGGGCUGAGCUGCUGAAACUUCCUAUUCCUGUGGAUAAGUUCAGAGGAGCUCACAUCCGCUGUGAAUUCCGGCACUGUUCCACAAAAGAAAAGGGUGAGAAGAAGUUGUUUGGCUUUUCUUUCAUGCCCCUGAUGCAGGAAAAUGGGAGGACUCUGCCAGAUGGCACCCAUGAACUAAUUGUACACAAGUGUGAAGAAAAUGCAAACCUUCAGGAUUCUGGUCGCUACCUCAAACUCCCCUUUUCAAAGGGAAUAUCCCUAGGAAACAACAGCCAAGCAGUAAAAACCACUAAAGAGUCCUUCUGGAUUACAUCUUUUCUCUGCUCCACUAAACUCACACAAAAUGGAGAUAUGCUUGACCUUCUGAAGUGGAGAACCCACCCAGACAAAAUUGCAGGUUGCCUCUCAAAAUUAAAAGAAAUUGAUGGUUCAGAAAUAGUGAAGUUUCUUCAAGAUACACUAGACACUUUAUUUGGGAUUUUAGAUGAAAAUUCUCAAAAAUAUGGAUCAAAAGUAUUUGAUUGCUUGGUUCACAUAAUAAAUUUGCUGCAGGACAGCAAGUUUCACCACUUUAAGCCAGUAAUGGACACUUACAUUGAAAGUCAUUUUGCAGGAGCACUUGCAUACAGAGAUCUUAUAAAAGUACUGAAGUGGCAUAUUGAUCGAGUCACUGAGGUGGAGCUUCAUGAUCACAUACAGGAAGUACUAAAGGCACAGGAAUAUAUCUUUAAAUACAUAGUUCAAUCUCGAAGAUUAUUCUCUAUUGCUACUGGUGGACAAAAUGAGGAGGAAUUUCGCUGCUGUAUUCAAGAGCUCCUUAUGUCAGUACGCUUCUUCCUGUCUCAGGAGAGCAAAGGAACAAGUGCUUUAUCCCAACUACAAGCUGUGUUUCUCAGCUCAUUCCCAUCAGUGUACUCAGAACUUUUGAAGCUCUUUGAUGUGAGAGAAGUGGCAAAUUUGGUUCAUGAUGCUUUGGGCAGCUUGCCAACAGUGAUGCAUGGGGAUGAAUCCCUUCAAGCUGUUAAACUGCAGAGUAUUGGGAAAACUGUGGAGAGUCACCUGUACACUAACCCAGAUUCUCGAUGCAUUCUUCUUCCAGUAGUUUUACAUCAUCUCCACAUGCAUUUACAGGAGCAGAAGGACCUUAUAAUGUGUGCCCGUAUCCUUAGCAACAUAUUUUGCCUCAUCAAGAAGAACAGCUCAGAAAAAUCAGUCCUGGAAGAAAUUGAUGUGAUUGUAAACAGUCUGCUAGAUAUUCUGUUAAGGACCAUACUAGAGAUCACCAGCCGACCACAACCAUCAGGCUCUGCUCUGCGCCUCCAGUUUCAAGAUGUGACUGGAGAAUUUGUCUCCUGUUUACUGUCACUCUUGCGACAAAUGACUGAUAGACACUAUCAACAGCUUCUUGAUAGCUUCAACACAAAGGAAGAUCUGAGGGAUUUCCUGCUGCAGAUUUUCACAGUAUUUCGGAUACUAAUACGACCAGAGAUGUUUCCAAAAGACUGGACAGUGAUGCGUUUGGUUGCAAACAAUGUGAUCAUUACUACAGUCUUGUACCUUUCGGAUGCCCUUCGUAAAAACUUCUUAAAUGAAAACUUUGAUUACAAGAUAUGGGAUUCCUACUUUUUUCUUGCUGUCAUUUUUAUAAACCAGUUAUGUCUGCAACUGGAGAUGUUCUCACCUUCCAAGAAGAAAAAGGUUUUAGAAAAAUAUGGUGACAUGAGGGUAACAAUGGGAUGUGAAAUCUUCAGUAUGUGGCAAAAUUUAGGAGAACACAAACUUCACUUUAUUCCAGCAUUGAUUGGCCCUUUCCUGGAAGUGACCUUGAUCCCUCAGCCAGACCUGAGGAAUGUAAUGAUUCCUAUUUUCCAUGACAUGAUGGAUUGGGAGCAAAGGCGAAGUGGCAACUUUAAACAGGUGGAAGCAAAGCUGAUUGACAAACUGGACAGCCUAAUGUCAGAAGGUAAAGGUGAUGAAACAUACCGAGAACUCUUCAACAGUAUUCUGCUGAAGAAAAUUGAGCGGGAAACAUGGAGGGAAAGUGGUGUUUCAUUAAUUGCCACUGUGACUCGCCUCAUGGAGAGGCUCCUGGACUACAGGGACUGCAUGAAAAUGGGAGAAGUGGAUGGCAAAAAGAUUGGCUGCACUGUUAGCCUUUUGAAUUUUUACAAGACUGAACUGAACAAGGAAGAGAUGUAUAUUCGCUAUAUUCAUAAGCUCUAUGACCUACAUCUGAAAGCACAAAACUUCACAGAGGCUGCCUACACGCUCCUGCUGUACGAUGAGCUGCUGGAGUGGUCUGAUCGGCCGCUCAGGGAAUUCCUCAACUACCCCAUGCAAACAGAGUGGCAGCGUAAGGAGUGUCUCCAUCUGACCAUCAUUCAAAACUUUGAUAGGGGAAAGUGUUGGGAAAAUGGCAUUAUCUUAUGCAGGAAAAUUGCAGAACAGUAUGAGAGCUACUAUGACUACAGAAACCUCAGCAAGAUGAGGAUGAUGGAAGCAUCUCUAUAUGAUAAAAUUAUGGAUCAACAGCGUUUGGAGCCAGAAUUUUUCAGAGUUGGUUUCUACGGGAAAAAGUUCCCAUUCUUCUUGAGAAAUAAGGAAUUUGUUUGCCGAGGACAUGACUAUGAAAGGCUGGAGGCCUUCCAGCAGCGAAUGUUGAAUGAGUUCCCACAUGCCAUUGCUAUGCAACAUGCUAAUCAGCCAGAUGAGACCAUCUUUCAGGCAGAAGCACAGUAUUUGCAGAUUUAUGCAGUGACACCAAUUCCAGAAAACCAGGAAGUCUUGCAGAGAGAUGGCAUUCCUGAUAAUAUCAAGAGCUUUUACAAAGUAAACCACAUCUGGCGAUUCCGAUAUGACAGACCAUUUCACAAAGGGACCAAGGACAAGGAAAAUGAAUUCAAGAGUCUGUGGGUAGAGAGAACCACACUGAUCUUGGUGCAGAGUUUACCUGGAAUAUCUCGUUGGUUUGAAGUAGAAAAACGUGAAGUGGUGGAAAUGAGUCCCCUUGAGAAUGCUAUUGAAGUCUUAGAAAAUAAGAACCAGCAGUUAAGAACACUGAUUAGUCAGUGUCAAACUCGACAGAUGCAGAACAUUAACCCUCUCACAAUGUGUCUAAAUGGGGUCAUUGAUGCAGCAGUUAAUGGUGGAGUUGCUAGAUACCAAGAGGCAUUCUUUGUCAAAGAAUACAUCUUGAACCACCCAGAAGAUGGAGAGAAGAUCACACGCUUAAGAGAACUUAUGCUUGAGCAGGCCCAAAUUCUAGAGUUUGGCUUGGCUGUGCAUGAGAAGGUGGUGCCGCAGGAUAUGAGGCCAUUGCACAAAAAGCUGGUGGAUCAGUUCUUUGUGAUGAAGUCAAGCUUGGGAAUACAGGAGUUUUCUGCCUGUGUACAAGCCAGCCCUGUUCAUUUCCCAAAUGGAAGUCCUCGUGUAUGCCGGAAUUCUAUACCCAUUUCUAUGAGCCCUGAUGCUGCCAGGGUAAUACCACGACGCAGCCCCUUGAGUUACCCAGCUGUCAAUCGGUAUUCAUCCUCAUCACUGUCAUCCCAAGCUUCUGCUGAAGUCAGCAACAUCACUGGGCAGUCAGAAAGCUCAGAUGAAGUUUUCAACAUGCAGCCUAGUCCAUCUACCUCAAGCCUGAGUUCUACUCAUUCUGCUUCACCUAAUGUGACCAGUUCUGCUCCAUCCAGUGCCAGAGCUUCUCCUCUGUUAUCUGACAAACAUAAGCAUUCCCGAGAAAACUCUUGCCUGUCUCCCAGAGAGAGGCCCUGCAGUGCCAUCUACCCUACUCCUUUGGAAACUUCUCAGACUACAAACUCUUGCUUUGCCAAGUGGAAUGCGACUUCUAUCCCCCACUCUAUCCGAGAUUGCAUAAGGGAGGCUGAGGAGCUCGUAGGCCCAGUCUCCGCUCUCUCUGAGACUCGCCCAGCAGCAAAGUCUCCCAAUCUGUCUCUACCCUCAGUGUCCCAAGAGAGGAGAAUGCUGUUUAAUCAUAUUGGAGAUGGUGCUUUGCCACGAAGUGAUUCCAAUCUGCCCGGCUCUGACAAAGCUGUAAACACCACCCCCAGCAGCUGGAGCCUGGACAGUGGGAAGGAAGCCAGAAACACAUCAGAAAGUGGAAAGCUUAUAUCUCCUCCUGUACCACCAAGACCUGCACAGACUGCAUCACCAGCAAGACACAUAGCCUCCAUUUCCCCUUCUCCUGCUGGAAGAUCACCAAUGAAGGGGUCUGUGCAAUCAUUCACACCAUCUCCAGUGGAGUAUCAUUCCUCGGGGCUCAUAUCCAACUCCCCAGCGCUGUCAGGGAGUUACAGCAGCGGCAUCUCUUCGCUCAGCCGAUGUAGCACAUCAGAAACAUCAGGCUUUGAAAGCCAAGGCAGUGAACCAGCAGUGACUGUCCCAAGCUACAGCAUUUCUGAGGAGCCUGUGAGAAAAGAAAGCAAAACCCCGCCACCUUACAGCGUGUAUGAGCGGACUUUGAAGCGCCCCGUUCCUCUACCUCACAGCCUCUCCAUCCCACCCGCCGCAGACCCCCCGGCACUGCCACCCAAGCCACAGCUUGUUCGGCCAAACAACCUGGAAAACAGCAGCAGGAGGACUGAGCAGGUUCCCCGGCCCAGGCCUCUGCCCCGCAAAGUCUCUCAGCUAUGAGAAGCCACUUUUAUAUUUAAUUGCAACACAUUCUUUACUGUUUAAGAAAUAAUAUUUUUUAAAAAUGGUAAAACUCAUUUAGUUAGGCACUUUAAUAUUUUGUCCACCUUUUCUUUUGAGUAAUUUUGAAAUGCUUAUUAAUAUUAUGUUGCACAUUUUAAAUGAAAUUACUAAUUUAGGUUACCAGAUAUUAUAGGAAGCAUGAAUGAGAGGAUUUUUUUUUUUUUAAUUUUGUGGUGGUGAAUACUGAUAAAUGUUUUUAUUUAUAAAAUCUAAAACCGUACAACUCUCAUCUGAGUUAGCUGAAUGCUUCUUACAAAAUGCAGAAUAUACUGACUGGAUCUUUACUACUAGAGAUAAAUGCACGCUUUCUAACAAAGUAGUCUGUAGACUAGGAUGUUUCUGCAAGUAGGCUGAAAGUUGUUUCUCUUAUCUGAUGAACAGGUUGGUAAUUUCAAAUGUAUGUGGCAAAACUGAGAUAUAAUGCAAGUUAUCUAGCAGAGGACUGUUGUAAGAAUGUGGUUUGGAAUUUUUGAAACACACACUUGGC